UUUUCAUAACCUCUCAUAUAGAAAUCUACCACCCUUAGAUUUAAAAAAAAACAACAAAACAGGUUUUGUUUAACACUUUAACAUUGUCAAGUUUGAACUGAUUGCUGUAUUAUUGUCUCAUUUGGGAAAAAUUCGGGAAACCGGCUUAUCCGAGUUUGAUAGUUUAUUUAGUUAAUUCGAAAUGCCGAGUAUUUUUCAUGAAGCAUAAAUGGAUGAAUUCAUUUUCCAUUUGGGAAGGACGACAGAAUUUAUACAGAUAUGGUUAAACGAAUUGGGGCAAAAGUUAUCCCAGAUAUCUUCUGGAUUGGAAGAUUCAUUCGUGGUCGUACUCUCCUCUCCGAGAAUUUUAAUUGUGAAGGAUGUAGCUGAGAAUAUCUAUAAAAAUACUUGGAGAUUUUUCACAGGGGCUUUACACCAAUUUUCAACAAACAAACUGAGCUCCAUAUUUUUCAAAAAUUUUGGUCAUGACAUAAAUCGUUCAACUAUUUUUGCCUGCUGUAUAGGGUUUACAAUAGGCUCAAGCAUUGGAUUUGCAAUAGGAUUCAGCCUUCAAUCUCCACGCUCCUCUUCAGUUUUGAUGAGAGCCAUAACAGCUACUUCUUAUGAUGCUGAGUCAAUUGCAUUGUUAGAGGAUGUUUUCGUUCCAAAGCUACAUAGUCCAGACCAAAUUUUGGUUGAAGUAAAAUUUGCCUCUCUUGAUGCUUUUGAUUUGCGGAUAGCAAGUGGAUAUGGAAAGCAACUAAGAAACAUUUUAUCAUCAUAUGAUCAGAAUAUAUAUUGUGGUCUUCCUCUCGUAUUAGGAAGGCAAGGAUCUGGAGUGGUUAUUGAAAUAGGUUCAAGAGUAGAUGAUUUUGAGCUGGGGAAUGCAGUUUACUUCUGUAACAACCAUAUAUAUAAUGGUUGCUUGGCUGAGUAUGUUGUAUUAAAUUCGAAAGAUGUUGCAAAAAUUCCAAAAGGCAUUGGUUUUGAGGCAGCAGCAUCGAUAGCACAACCAUCUGUUGAUGCCUGGAGAGCUGUGGUAACUAAGGCUGGCCUAAGCAACAGAAAUGCUCAUUGUAAGAAGAUUUUUGUUCAUUGUGCCACAACUGGAAUUGGUUGGAUGGUUGUGCAAAUGUGUGCUGCCCUAGGUGCAAAGGUUGUGGCUUCUUGUACAAAUAACGCAAAAGAACAAGUUAAGAUUCUUGGUGCUGCUUCUGUCCAUACAGUAGAGUCAGGAGAACUGCUCAAUCAUAAUAACAAGUAUGACAUAGUUUUCAAUACAGUAGGAUCAAUAGCUUCAGAGUUCUGCCAUGAGCUAUGCCUAGCAAAAGGGAAAGUUAUUGAAGUGUACCCAAAAAGAUUGACUUCUGACAACUUUGGCUGCCUCCUUUCAUACAUUUACUCAGUCUGGAUUAAAAUUACCUAUGGUGUUUUUGGAAUUGUAUCCUGGCAAGAAUCAAGGAAUGGUCAUAUACUUGAGAAGGUGUCAAAACUUGUUGAACGUCAGCUGCUCCAACCAUUUGUAGACUCUAUAUUCUACCCAGAAGAACUUGAUAAUGCUGUAAAUAAUGUUGAAUCGGGUUUUGGAUCAACUCUCUUACGAUUUGAAAUCAUAAUUGCGAAUUAAACUUAAAGCCAUCGUCAUCAUUGGGACCAAAUGACAUUUCAUUUGAACUUCCGGAGAUGGGUGUGUUGCUAAAACCCACAUAAGUGGGAAUUAGGACAUAAUGGUAGUUGUAGACUCAGCAAGUUCUCUGGCAAGAAUAUUUUUGAAUCUUUGGAAUUCACAGUCCUCCAUUAUGAAACUUAUCAGUUUUCCUUGAAGCAUGCUUGAACCGUGUCUAAUAAAACCUGCUGACCAUUCUGUAUGACACUAUGAGCAUGCUUAGUGUCAUUGGGUAUACAUGUUAUUUCAAUCAAAUGUGUUAAGACGGCAGUUAUUACUUUCCUUGUCAAGGAUUGAAAAACACUUUUGUGGACUUGGUGGUACAUUUAUAUAAUCGAUGAAAAUGACAGAUCUGACAAAUUGAUAUUGUAGAUAUGUGCUUCUCUUGUGCAUUAUAGAGCAUGUCUAGUAUCAAACUGUGACUUAGAACAUAAAUCAGGACAACAAAGUUCAGAUUGAAUGAAAUCUUAAGUAUCUGCACUAGAGUGUUAACACGACGACUCAUCACUAGAUCAGGCCAGGGUUAGAAUCUCAGUGGCCCUGAAUUUGAGAGGACUUACUCGGGGGUUGAUGUGCUGUUGCAAACCACCAUUUCAAAAGUAAAUAAGUUCCUGCACACACAAUAAAUAAAUAAUUAUGCAAAAAUAGAAUGGAAAUAAACUAAAUUAACUAAGGGCAAAUAUAUCAUCAUCAACUACAAGCAAGAUUUUCUCUGUUAUGGGCUGUAGAUCGCUGUCAUUUCAGUGCUGUGACACAAUACUUGAUUAAUUAAAAUAAAUUCAAUAAAAAGCAGAAGUGGGUAUUCGGACUACAAACUAUUACAGCUAUAUUCUACUGACUAUGCAAUAUGUAGUGUUUAUGCCAAAGUAAUUAGCGUAAAUAUUUUGUUUCUGUUUAAACGCUGACACAUUCCUUUGUGCCCUAAUCUAACGGUCUCGGACCUAACGCUUAUUUGGCUAUCCGAUCAAUUAAUCAGCUUGUGGCUGAUGAAGGUGCACCUUAUCCUGCAGCUUCACACGCCAUAUUGAAAAACAUGUACGUCAACGACGCGAUCACCGGAGCCGAGGAUAUCCCCCUCUGCUAUUGAUAUGUGAACAAUUACGUGCUUUAUUUGGAAAGGGGGUUUCGAGCUCAGCAAAUGGACAAGUAGGUCUCCAAAGGUAUUGAGGGAUUUGCCCUCUAACUACAUCGAAUCGCAACUGAAUUUUUCUGACGAUGGUGGCCAAACAGUUAAAAUAUUGGGCCUAAGCUGGGAGCCGAAAACAGACGCAUUCAUGUUUCGAGUAUCCUUGUUCCAGGGUGAAACUACAAAGCAUACUGCCAUGUUGUGUCAUGUUGUAUAUUGCGCGAAUCUUUGACCCGAUUGGUUUUCUUGCUCCUUUGGUUUUUGCUAUGAAAGUGAUUUUGCAAAAAUUAUGGUUAACCAAAGUCGAGUGGGAUGAUUUGAUUCCUCCUUAUUUAGAAACUGAUUGGAUUUGGCUGAUGCAGAACAUUAACCAAGUAUCCUCCCUUCAUAUCCCUAGAUGUAUUGUUUGUACAUCUUUUGUUGGCAUGAGGCUCGUGGGAUUUUGCGAUUCCUCCGAGCAAGGAUAUGCUGCAGCCGUCUAUCUUUGCAUUCGCUCGGACUCGGGUCAUUGUUAUUCACAUUUAUUGAAAGCAAAAACUAAAGUUGCUCCUCUCAAGGUCAUGUCAAUCCCUCGCCUAGUCAAUCCCUCGCCUAGAACUUCGUGCUGCUCUACUGUUGGCUCAACUAGUUAAAUCAGUACAAAUGGCAAGCUUACCAAUUUUGGUAACCGCUCCUACUUUAUUCUCUGAUUCCCAGAUAGUUCUGUCUUGGAUAUUGAUUCCGUCCCAUCUUCUGAAAAUAUUCAUGGCAAUAGGGUGGUGUCAAUUUCUGAAGCUGUUCCUCUUGCAACUUGGGCGCACAUUCCUUCAGCUUUAAAUCCUGCUGAUUUGCCUUCACGCGGAUUAGGUCCCCAAUUAUUCAUUGUUCCUGAUAUGCUAAAAUUCUAGCUUCAAGGCCCCGACUUUUUAGUCCAAGCUGCUUCUGCCUGGCCGCCUCCAUUUCAGCUAAAUAGAAAACUUGCUUCCUCGCUUCCUGAAUUAAAACAGGAAAAUGCAUGCUUACUUGCCGAAUCUAAAUUGACUAACCCUCUCAUCGAUGAGAUUGAACAGUUCUCUUCCCUUAUUCGUUUAUCUCAAGUCUUUGCUUGGGUUAAACGUUUCCUUCACAAUUAGUAUGACGUAACCAACUUGAACCUAAAACUGGCCCUCUCACUCCUGAUGAGCUCGAUGAGUCACUAUUCGUGAUAGUUAAGAUCACUCAGAAAUUUAGUGCCGAACUUGAGAUGUUGAAAGGCAAAGGCAAAAUUGCCUCCAAACUGUAAGCCUUGACACCCUUUAUCGAUGAAUGUGGUCUUCUCAGGAUGGGCGGAAGACUCUCGUGUACUUUUGCCGAAAGUUGCCCAUUUGUCGAGAUUGAUAUGCUCUCAUUAUCACGUUUAUUAGCUGCAUUCUGGGCCAACCACAGUACAGGCCCUAAUAAGUACCAAAUUCUGGAUAUUGUCUCUUCGCAGUCUUAUUAGAAAAUGCAUAAGACAAUGCUUAAUGGGCUGUAAGUUUUGUAGCUCUUCUUACCAACUUCAAAUGGCAGAUCUUCCCUCAUGUCGCGUCACUGUCUCUCGCCCUUUCUCACAUGUCGGCGUUGAUUUUGCAGGCCCUUUCACAGUCCGAUCAAAUAUUUCUUGAAAGCCUUUAUUAACCAAAGGUUAUUUGUGUUUGUUUGUCUGUACAGCAACUAAAGCUGUUCAUCUUGAAUUUCGGAACUUAGUACAAUCGCAUUUAUCUCUGCACUUGAUCGUUUCAUCGCACGUAGCGGUCUCCCUUCAGAAAUGUUGUCAGAUCGAGGACGGAAUUUUGUUGGUGCAUCCCGUCAUCUGAAGGAAGUAUUUAAUUUCUUUCAACAACAUAGCGAGGAUAUCUGUGACCAUUUAGCCGAACGUGAAAUAAAAUGGCGUUUUUCUCCUCCCUAUACACCCCAUUUUGGGGGGUUGUGGGCAGCCGCUAUUAAAUCAGCCAAGAAGCUUCUAGUACGACUAAUUGGAACGACUACAGCUACACCUUCGAAGAAUAUUGUACUUUGUUUUCAAGAAUUGAAGCCGCAUUAAAUAGUAGACCCUUAUGUCCCUUAAGUGAUGAUCCUGCUGAAUCAGUCUCAUAUCUAAGCCCAGGCCAUUUUCUCAUUGGCUUUAUUGGUUUUAGUUAAAUUACUUGUAAAUAUUGUACAUAAAAGUUUACUUUAUUUCAGAAGAUAAAUUUAAUUUAAUUUUGGUGGGCGUAAAUACGUAAUUAGCGUAAAUACUUUGUUUCUGUUUAAACGCUGACCCAUUCCCUUGUGCCCUAAUCCCUAAAACGGGCCGAUAGAGCACUGCGUCUGCAACUGGCUCCCGUCGUUACUUGCUCUCAUGCGUCUGAGAGGAACGAACGUCUUGCUUCUGUGCUUCCGUUUUAUUGCUUCCGUGCAAACAUUUUAUUUAGUUUUAGCAUUCCUUACUUCAAGGAUAGAAAGUUAUUUUCAGUUUAGUUUUCUUUUAAUUUCAAAUCACGGGAGUGAUAUCCGCCAGGCGCCAAUAGAAAAGGUUCAGAAAGAACCUAGCAGGUAUUGUAGUAAUCUAAGCCAUCAUAUUAUCCAGGGCCUUGGUUAUGUUGAGGGUUUAGGUGCUGCAUUGCUGGGUACCGAACAAAAGAUUGGCUAGGACUACACACCCGUCACCUCAGGUAUCGGGGUUUUAUUUUAAUUGUAUUUUAUUUUAUUUUGUUAUUGGUUUCGCGACCACACCAGCACGCGCCUUAUUUAACGGCGCCUACAUGUGAUUUUCCUCUAGAAAUAGGCCUUAGGCCUGAGCCAUGCCACCACAUAUCAUCACUAGACAAGUGCCUCAAAAGCAACAAUUAAUUUAAAAAUCAAUGGAUUUUACAAAAAAAAAGCCCCUAUAAGCAUUUUAAGAUAAAUAAUAGUGUAGAAAGAAUUACUUAUUAAUAAAAAGGACCAUGAUCUAUCCUAUCUUCAUUUUUCUCUCAUUUAACUUUCACCACAACAUGUGUGGUGUUUAGUGA